AUGUGCGUUAGCAGCCGUGAAUCGAUCAUGUAUCAAUCUGCCAUCUUUCCCAAAGAUUUGCCCAAGAUCAUAGAGCUUUUUGCGGAUGUAAUUCGUAACCCUCUCAUUAGUCCCGAAGAAGUAUCUGAACAGCAGGAAACAGCAUUGUAUGAAAUUCAGGAAAUAUGGAAAAAACCGGAAUUGAUCAUGCCAGAACUGCUUCAUACUGUUGCGUUUAAAGACAACACGCUGGGAAAUCCGAUAUUGUGUCCAGAAGAUAGACUGAAUAUAAUGUCUCCAGAAAUAAUAAAAGAUUAUAUGUCGACAUUGUAUCGUCCAGAGCGAAUAGUCGUGGCUGCUACUGGAGCACGCCAUAGCGAUGUUGUGGAAUUGGUUUGGAAACAUUUCGGAGACAUGCCGAAAUCCCCUGAAUUUAAUACGCAUCCGUCGUUGUCGUACCCCGUCACCUCAUCCAACCAUAAACAAUCCAAGACAUCUUUGUACAAAACCAUUACCACGGCGGCAACAUCAAUACUCCAAUUGAAACCCGCAACGACAUCUCCUGUUGCGAACCAAAAAGCACAAUACACGGGAGGUGCCCUUUUCAUGGAUCAGACACUCCCGCACACACAUCUUUACAUGGCGUUCGAGGGAAUCUCAAUUCACGACUCGGAUAUAUACGCACUUACCAUACUUCAAAUGUUGCUCGGUGGCGGGGGUUCCUUUUCUGCCGGCGGUCCUGGAAAAGGAAUGUAUACCCGUCUUUUCACAAAUGUCCUUAAUCAAUAUCCAUGGAUGGAAUCAUGCAUAUGCUUCAACCACUGUUACACAGACUCUGGUCUUUUUGGUAUUAUGGCAUCAUGUCGUCCGGAAUAUAACCGUGAUCUCGUUGAUGUUAUCGCCCGGCAAUUCGAUUCCGUGACAAGUUAUGGACGCGGCGGUGUAACUCAACAAGAGCUUAUGCGCGCAAAAAAUCAAUUGAAAAGUAGUUUGCUCAUGAAUUUGGAAUCGAGGAUGGUUCAAUUAGAAGAUCUCGGAAGACAGGUUCAAGUUCAUGGAUUUAAAAUUCCCGCAGAGGAGAUGUGCAAAAAAAUAGAUGAUGUUUCGUUAGAUGAUCUUGUGAGGGUUGCAAGAAAAGUUAUCAAAGAAAAAGUUAGUGGUACUGGUGAAAUUUCGGUAGUGGCACAGGGUGAUCUGAAUGGAUUACCAGAUGUGAUCAAGGUUUGCGAAAGAUAUGGUCUGGGCAGAGGUGGUUCAAAAUGGCUACGUUAA